ACCAAAUAGCGCACACUGUAGCUUUCUUACACGGUAGGCCUACUAGGUAUUUACUGUGUUCAUACAGUCCUGCCGUACGUGCAGUAACAAAAAUGCCGUGGUGAACAUUAAUUUUGGCCACUUAAAAAUUACUUUUGCAUGAUCUGUUGAAAAUCUGCAACUUCACACACCGCUGUGUUUCUUCGUUCAUCUUCUCAAUCCACCGCCUGAUUGAAAUACCAUGAUCCGGAACUCAGUAUUUAUCCUCUUUGCGGCAGGCGUGCUGGUUUCCACAGGAUUGGCGCUCAACUGCAAUCAAUGUCAUGAGGGAUUCGUGAGAAGCGCUAAGGCAAUACACGGUUGCAGUCUGGCAGACACCGACGCUCAUCAUACCAGGGACGCGGCAUGCCCCAACGGUACCGAAUACUGCUUAAAGACCGACGGAACGUUUAGGGUGAAUUAUUCGUAUCCAAAUGGAGAAUGGGGUUAUGGAGAACAUUCAGGCACUAUCUAUGACUGUGGCACCCCGGAGCUGGUUACCUUCCUCCUGAGUGGGCCUCCACCAUCCGGAGGUGAUUCUUGCCAGUUCAGCGUUAACAUGCAUGGUGUAGUACCUGGCCGGGUGUAUCAGUCGUUUGGACUACAGAACGCUACCGUCUGCAUCUGUAAAAGCGCCAACUGCAAUGCCGGGAAUACGAUUUCCGUGGUCAUGCUGACCUUGAUAAUUUCCAUGGUUUUGACCCUGGUACUCUGGACCACGUAACUGUACAAUGUCUGUGCUUUUUUAAAAAAAGUUAGUAUGUAUCUGCAUAUCGGACUUCAAAGAUAAGAGCGGACAUGUAACUGUAACUCUCACUGUUUGCUUAUAGCCUGUGAUUAUUUGCAGUGUCAAAUUUUAUGAAAACUGAAGAAGUUGGAAUAAUCUGUGUAACAAUAAAGCCGAAA